CUCCUGGACGCACUUCUUCUCAGAGCUACUCCCCCUCCUGAACCAGCAGCAGCAGAGACAGGCGUGCAAGUCGCUUCUCCCGCAGACUGUCCGGUCCACCGAGGGCUCCACACAUCACAGAUAAAGUACACUGACACACAGAGAGAGAUACAACCGCAAUGGGGACGAGCUGAACCUGCAGCGGCGGAACGAGGUCGGUGCUGCGGGAGAAACAAACGUCGGUUCGAACUCCCGACGCUCCGCGGCGUCACGUCAACGUCCAACGGUCGCUGGUUUCUAGUUUACCUGAAUACCUGCAGUGUUUCGCACCAGCCCGGAGAGAGAAGGAGAGACGAGAGAGACAGAGGUGGGACGGUGAGGCUACUACAAGGAGGGGGGAAAGUUUUCUCAAGCUUUGGCGCAAACACAGCGGUGAAACAAUGCGGCUGACCCCGACAAAGUCCCUUCUUCCAUCGGUGCUAAUCCUGCUGCUCGUCCGCUGGUCCGACGGCAUUUCAUUGUCUCCUGAAGAGGCGAACCAGUUCCUGAGCAGACACAGGAGGGCAAACCAAGUUUUCGAGGAAACGAAGCAAGGACACUUGGAGAGGGAGUGUGUGGAGGAAAGGUGCACCAAAGAGGAGGCCAGAGAAGUGUUUGAAAACGACCCGGAGACGGACUACUUCUAUCCCAAGUAUUUAGCCUGUGUGGAGUCAUUUGGAGAUUCUGAGAAGAAAAAACAGGAUCUGGUCACUUGUGUCCACAAUAUCCCAGACCAGUGCUCUCCUUCUCCCUGUAAUGCCAGAGGUACGGUGCGCUGCGAGGACAAAAAGGGCGACUUCCUCUGUCACUGUUUCACAGGUUGGACUGGAGCCAGAUGUGAGAAAGAUGUCGACGAGUGCAGCAAGCGAAAUGGAGGGUGUGACCAUGAGUGCAACAACACCAUGGGUAGUUACCGCUGCUCCUGUCACCAAGGCUACAUGUUGGUAGGACGCCACAUGUGUAAUGAUGUGGACGAGUGUGAGGACCCAGGUGUGUGCGGAACAGCACGAUGUGAAAACAAGGAGGCCAGCUAUGAUUGCUUGUGUGAUGUCGGCUAUGUCUACGACAACGAAACCAAGAGCUGUGUUGAUGUGGAUGAGUGUGAGGCAGGUGUGUGUGCGGAGGAGUGUUUGAACACUCCGGGGAGUUUCCGUUGCUUCUGUGAUGGUCGUCAGGGCAUGAAGCUGGGGCAGGACCUCAGGAGCUGUAAGCCCAUCACUCCCUGUAUGUCGCCAUCCCUGAAGAGGAACUCACGCUCUCUUUACCUCGGGCGCAUGUUCAGCGGUGUACCAGUGGUGAGGCUGCGUUUUCGUCGCAAGAUUCACACUGGCUUUUCAGCAGAGUUUGACUUCCGUACGUACGAUCGCGAGGGGGUGAUCUUCUUUGCCGGAGGUCACUUAAACAGCUCCUGGAUCGUGCUGGCAAUGCACCAUGGGAAGCUGGAGCUGCAGCUGAAAUACGGUGCAGUGAGCCGGGUCACCAGCAGCGGGCCGAUCGUCAAUGAUGGCCAAUGGAGAAAGAUCUCGGUGGAGGAGCAGGGGAGGAGUCUGGUGAUUAAGAUCGACAGGGAGGCUGUCAUGAAGAUUGCAGUGAACGGUGAUCUGUUUACACUGAAGAAGGGAAUGCACGAACUCAACCUCACGGUGGGAGGAGUCCCCUUCAGAGAGGACGGCCUCGUCAAUCAGAUGAACCCCCGUCUGGAUGGCUGUAUGAAGGAGUGGCGCUGGCUGACAGGUGAAGACACCUCUAUACAAGAAACCAUCCGGUCCAAUGACAACAUGCAGUGUUUCAGCACCGAGGAUCCUGGAGCAUAUUACCCCGGCACAGGCUUCGCUCUCUUCAACAUCAGCUAUGAAACACAGAACCUCAGCAUCCAGCUGACCCUGCGUCCAACUUCUGCUAUCGGAGUUCUGUUUGCACUGGUUCACCAGGACAGAGUCCCUCUCUCCAUUGCUCUGGCCGACUAUCAUCCCACGACUGACGAGUGGCGAGAUUUUGUCCUGGUAUCUGUAGGCGAUGUCAUCAUUGCCAGCUCCCCUGCACCCUUGUGUGAUGGUGAGAGUCAUGAAAUCCAGGUGACGAUCUCAGGCAACCAGACUCUCCUGCUGAUCGAUGGCCAGGCUGGACGAAGUGAAGAGGCGGAAGUUCCUACUGACCUCCUGUCACAGUCCAGCACCUUCUUAGGAGGCCUCCCUGAUGUUUCCCUGGUGUCCACGCUGGUGUCGGCCUCCUACAGCGGCUGUAUGGAGGUCAGUGUAAAUGGACGGCCUCUGGACCUGGACCAGGCCAUCCACAAGCACAACGACAUCCGGUCACACUCCUGCCCCCUGCUGGACUCCCACCAGUGACCAGCGCUCGAGUCUGCCGAAACCGAUCCAUAAGCAGUUUGUUGAGGCAAUGGGGAUCCAAUAAAUUUGUAAAAGCUCUGACUAGCAGUUAGAUGUUUUAGAUUGGAAUGUAACAAACAAAAAAAAGAGAAUAAAAAUGGACCAGGUAACAUGGUGCAGCUGGAGCCUUAGCCACUGACCGCUCCCCUGUCCUCAUACUGUGAUGAUGCUGCUGCCUUGUGGCACUGGCAGUAAUUUUCACAGUAUUCUCAGUAUUAUGACUCAGUAAGUUAGUCAGCCAAUGAGCAACAUCCACUGUAUAUGGGAUUAAAUGCUGCACAACAUUGCCUGAAAAACUGCCCAUGUAUCACAGCCUUGUAAGCCCACCAGAACACACCGGGCCUUAUCCGGAUCAGUGCUAAACGCUUGGUCUUGGGUCAGCCUACUAUGCCUGGCAUCCUGUGCUUAAAUGCAGAUCUGACUGGAACUCUGUAGGCAGACUGACUACCUUGUGGUCAUGUUGCUUACAUUCAGUUCACCUAAGAUUCACAAAGCUUGAAGUAAUCAAGUGCUUAUGUUAAGUCCAAUGAAAUGACACAAAAGGGGACCAGAUAAAUAGUCGUACAUCAGCUGCCCUACUCAGAGAAAAGGUGAACAGGUGCUCUGAUCUCCAUGAGUGUUUGGUGCAGAAUAUCUUGGGGGUUGAUUGAAGACUAAUAAAUCUUAUUUGCCCCUGAAAAGCUGAACUCCCUCCUCUUCUGGAGGCGUGUUAUUAGGCACAACUUUGUGUUCUGUAGAAAACCUUGCACAUCGUUGCAGGUAGAAAUGGACUGCACCAUAAAGCCAUUUUCUCGAUUUCCUCUCCAGCACUCCAUGUCUGCCUGCAGCCUUAAAAAUCAACCGUGUGCCUACAAAAGAACAACUAACCCAAACUUAUCAACAGCUUCCCUCCAGACAGGUGAAUCAUUUCGCUAAGGUGCAGUACUGUAACAACCCGACAAACAAAACUAACUCUUCUCCCAGUGAAAUCUUGAACGUCAUCGCAGUGAAUGCACUAUGCAUUCCCACCAGUGCUUUUCAGAGUGUUGCAGAGAUACUUUUAAAGAGACGCUCUUCUCAAUCUUAAGUCACCAACUGUGUCACAAAAAGGCCCCUUCAUUCCCUCAGAAGCACCCAGCCACAGUUAAUACCUGCCAUAUACCAACAUUAGGACAACAGAUUAGCCACAGAAGCACAGGGAGACAGGAAGGGGCCCUCUCCACGAAGGAGAGCGAGCACUGCAUCGAUCGCACCACACAAGCUACUGAGAAUAUAAAAGAGUGCGCUGUAAUAUACUGAAUAUGUAAAUAAUGUGACUGUACAAUGCUUUAUAAAAGACAGAAAGCAAACACUACCUUAUGUAGUCCCUUAACCUUAACCUCCUUGGGGGUUUUCUGCACAUUUAAGUUGAUCCAAAGUUAAAGGAAAAAUCUCUCAACUUCUUGAAAAACAAAGUUUGCUGUGUGAUUCAUUUCUUAAAAUGGGAAUGGGGAGACUCGACAGAGCAAUAGCCAGGGAUCAAAGUAGCAUCAAUCUUUAGGGACUAAUUUUAUAGGUGCUGAGCAAAUCGAAAAACACAAUAAAAAAGCAAAGAAUGUCAGAGGAGCAUUGUGAUUGAGAAUGCCAAAAGGGCUCCAAUGUUAUUUUACUUCCCUUUGUAAUGUAUCAUUUUAUAGUUCUCUGAUGAAUGAAUGCCAGAAUAUAGAGCUUGACCUGUUUUUUUUUUAUCAUAUGUGUUGUAUCUUGAACUUCUCCUUAGUUUUUAUUUUCCACUUUUAACUGCCAGUAUGUGUACGAUGCUGAGAGAAGUCUGCCUUUUGAGUUUUUACUUCCCUCAACAGUGAAAAAUCCUAUUUAAAAAUAAAAGCAGCUGUAUGAACAUCAUAGAGUAAAAAUGUAUUUUCAAAAAAAA